UCAUGGCCGAGUCCUGGAGCCUCAGUAACUCUGAACUGCAGGGUUGAUCAUCCUUCUGCUGGCUGGAGCUUCUACUGGUAUAAGGCUGUUCCCCAACUGUCACACAACUCCUACAGCUAUGAGCUGCUACCCGGCAGCGACAAAGGGACUAAACAGGAUCUCUUCAUCAUUGGUGGACAAACACACACAGCAGGAUAUGUGUGCAGAGCAGGAAGAGGAGAUCCAGUGUAUUACAGUUGGUACAGCACACCUAAGUUUGUCUGUUCUGGAGAUUUGAAUUCAGCAGCGUCUCUCACAGUGAGUCCUGACAGUGUGCAGCACUUCACAGAAACGUCUGUGUCACUGAGCUGUGAGGGAAACUCCACUGAGUGGAGAGUGAUGAGGUUUUAUAAACCUGACAACCUUCUUCCCUGUUCUUCCUGGGGGACAAUGACUGGAUCCACAUGCACAAUAACCAGAAGCUGGGUUAGUGGAGUGUUCUGGUGUGAGUCUGAAACAGGACUGUUCAGUAAUGCAGUCAACAUCACUAAAGAUGGUGAUGAUAUUAUCCUGGUGAGCCCUGUCCGUCCUGUGGCUGAGGGACUUCCUGUCACUCUUAGCUGCAAGUUAAAGAUAGAAACCGUUUAUAAUGUUGAUUUCUAUAAAAAUGACAAACUCAUACAGAACGAUAACAGAAGGGAGCUGACCAUCUCUGCAGUGUCAAAGUCAGACGAAGGCUUUUAUAAAUGUAAACAGAGAGAUUCAGAACAUAGGACCUCACCAGAGAGUUGGUUCUCAGUAAAAUCAAAACCAAAGGCCCAGCUGAGAGACAUAUUUCCAGGAGGGGGCAAUGUGACUCUAACUUGCUCUGUAGGACCAACAUCAGCUUCUGGUUGGAGAUACUUCUGGUACAAAAAAGAGAAAGCCUCUGAACCCCUGAAGACACAAGAUGUUGUUUUCCUCACAGAUGACCGAAUCAGUGUCUCAGGUGGAGGCGUCUACUGGUGCAGAGGAGGAAGAGGAAACCCUGUUUACUACACAGAGUACAGCGAUGCAGUCGUCACAAACAGGGCUGUUGUGACCCUGCGACCCAACUGGCCUGAGAUUUACUCUGGAGAAACGAUCACUCUGACAUGUGAGAUUAAGGAUGGAGGAGACUCUGAGUGGGAUUAUAUAUGGACGACACCGGGGUCAGAAACACCUCAGACAUCUGACCCUAAAUAUACUCUGACCUCACAAAGUGGAAACUAUGGGUGUAAGGGCAGACUGAAAGGUGAAAUGCCUUCAACGCGUCGGAGUGAUGUUCUCACAUUGAAAGUAUCUGACACAGAAAGACCUCAGCCUGUCCUCACUGUGUCUCCAUCAUGGCCGAGUCCUGGAGCCUCAGUAACUCUGAACUGCAGGGUUUAUCAUCCUUCUGCU